GGAAGGUUGGAUCCUCGGAGGAGGGUACCGGGAGCAGGAGCUGCAGGUGACGCUGCAGCCGAGCAUCCCGGUGCUGGAAUUCCGCCGGGCAGCGCCGCAUUUUCAGCCCUCAGCUCAGCUCCUGGGAGCUGGGAUUUUGCUUCAUCAUGCAAAAGUUAAAAAUAGUUGCACUUAAUUCAGCACUUUUCACCUUGCUGAAGAGACCGGGAAGAGCCUCCCCACCGGGACGGGUCAGGGACGGCGACAGCUUGGUGCUCUCCUGUCCUGCCUGCUCCUCAGCUUUGCCAUCCCGCAGCUCCCAGGGCCGGGGAGGCGCAGCUUUGGCGUGGGCUGACAGCUCUGCCUCCUGCCAGAGCUGCUCCAGGGCCCUGUGUCCCUCUGUCCCCUCCAGGCACGGGGCGGUGAAGGCCGAGGACACCUUCAAGACGUCCCCGUUCCACCUGGACCUGUGGUUCUACUUCACCCUGCAGAACUGGGUGCUGGAUUUCGGGCGCCCCAUCGCCAUGAUCAUCCUCCCUCUGGAAUGGUUUCCUCUGAACAAACCCAGCGCUGGAGAUUAUUUCCACAUGGCUUACAACGUUAUCACCCCCUUCCUGCUGCUGAAGCUCAUCGAGAGGUCCCCCAAGACCCUGCCCAGGUCCAUGGUCUACGUCAGCAUCAUCACCUUCGUGAUGGGCGCCAGCAUCCACCUGGUGGGAGACUCGGUGAACCACCGGCUGAUCUUCAGCGGGUACCAGCACCACCUGUCUGUCAGGGAGAACCCCAUCAUCAGGAACCUCAAACCCGAGACCCUGAUCGACUCCUUCGAGCUGCUCUACUACUACGACGAGUAUUUGGGGCACUCCAUGUGGUACAUCCCGUUUUUCCUGAUCCUGUUCAUUUACUUCACGGGCUGCUUCACGCCGGCGGCGGAGCAGCCCCGGAUGCCCCUGGCUGCCCUGCUCCUGGUGGGGCCCAGCAGCCUCUACUACUGGUACCUGGUGACGGAGGGCCAGAUCUUCAUCCUCUACAUCUUCACCUUCUUCGCCAUGAUGGCCCUGGUGAUGCACCAGCGGCGCAAGGGGCUGGUGCUGGACAGCAACGGGCUCUUCCUCUUCCUCUCCUUCAUCAUCACCCUGCUGCUCAUCGCCGCCUGGGUGGGCUGGCUCUGGAAUGACAAAACCCUCCGGAAGAAGUACCCGGGGGUGAUUUACAUCCCGGAGCCCUGGGCCUUCUACACCCUGCACAUGAACAACCUGCACGCGGCCAAGGGCGCCUUUUGAUACUUUUUGUGGGGGGGGGGAAAAGAAGAAAUCUAGUUUUUCUAAAGUAGAUUCAUGUGUUUAGAAUAAACUCCUGAGCGAUG